AUGGGCCAAAAUAACAGCAAAAGGAUCAUUGCCCUCGUGGAGAAGGCAAAUGAUGAAAAGUGGAACGACGUCGACCUGUACGGCGAAUUGUCAUCCUUGGGUAGGAACCUGCACAGCCAGGAAGACUUCUCCUUAUGCAAAAGGGUCUUAGACGAUGAAAAGUGUGUCAGAAUUUUUUUCAGUUUUUUCAUGAACACGCUGCACAAGUUGAUACUGAAGGGUUCCACGGGAUGCCUUGAUGAUUGCAAAGCAUGUGUAAACAUAUGCCUUAUGCUGCUCCCAGUGCUACAGUAUAACUGCCACAAAAAGGAAGUGUUCGACUUACUGUGGAGAGAAAAUCGUGUAGAGUGUCCCGUCCAACCUACCUACGUAUGCACGAACAAUGUGCUGAUUCUCCACUUGUACAACUUUUUCCUUCUGGCUCUAUUCACGGAAGGUAUAUGCAUUGGUGGAGGAGCCGAACUCACCACCGUCGCAGACCACGCGAAGGGUGUGAAGGGUGAUUACAAUGCGGAACACCUGGAGGACGUCCACCCAGUGAAGGAGAAAAUGUACCCCUGUGUAAACACGGUAGAUGUAAGAAAGCUGUGGUUGCACAAGUUCUGCAUCCAUCAACGGGUCAAAUAUGGGAGCAGUGGACAAGGCGAAGUAGGAAACGAAAAGUGUGCACAUGCUGGUGAGCAUGUUGAUGGGACAGAAGACGGGAGUGCACCACUGGUUGCAAGCAAGGACGAAGGUGAUAGGGUUAGCGCCUUGCACGAUGGAAGGUACGCCAAACUGGGUACCAAAUGUUCAAAUGUCAGCGACAGGGGGACUGCUAGUACCACCUCCCCUGGGGAGGCAAACCCAAGUUAUGAAAUGUCCAACCGUGAAAUGGGCCUAACAUGUCACAAGGAAGACGAGAUGACCAAGACUCAUUUAAGGAGGAACACAAGCAGCGUCGAUGUAUCACCCCCACACAGUAACGAUAUAAACCUGGAAUUAAUAAAAAACAGAAGCGCCAUCUUAAAGUGCCUCCUAGUCCUGUUAAGCUCGUAUGUAUAUAUGGACCAAAGCAAGUACCUAAAAGAGAAGAAUUUGUUCCUUUUUCUCUUUACAAGUGGGGAAGUUUACUACACUGCGACUUUUUUUCUUUCCCUUUUGGCCGUCAUAUAUGACAAUGAAUUUAAUUAUUUUAGUUUUUACUUUUACGAUAAAACCUAUUUGGAGUUUUACAAUUUGUGCAUUCACAUUUUGAACUUGCUGAUUGAUUUUAAUCCGUUCGUUUUGGAGGACGACAAGAGGGUUCACUAUGUCAGUAGCGCGGCCAGGUACUUCUACAGCGUCGCGCAUAGGGGAGAGGCAAACAUAGGUGAAGCAAACAUAGGACAAGCAAACAUAGGACAAGCACACAUAGGACAAGCACACAUAGGACAAGCACACAUAGGACAAGCACACAUAGGACAAGCACACAUAGGACAAGCACACAUAGGAGAUGUACACAGGGAGGAAGCCCCCCUCCGAAAUAGCAGCAGCACCAAUUCGCUAGACCAGAGCGGAAAUGAGCCAAGCAAGUGGGACGACACGCUGAUAACGCAUGGUGAAAGCGGUGAGGAGGAAAAGUCAGACACGGAUAAAAGCACAAAGGGGGAGGAGCACCCGCUCGAGAAGGACGAACAAGGAAUCCAUGAAAUGGUCACGAACAUACAUGCCGAUUUUAUCAUGCUUCAUGAUUCCCCAGAGGGGUCAUGCAACUCAUCAAGCACAUGCACAGACGCAGAGGAAAAUGGCUACCUGAACAAUGGUAAAAAAAACAAAAAAAAAAAAAAAUUUCAACAACUGGAGCACCUUAUGAAAGAGCGAAAAUUUUACUUGAACGAAAUUAAUCGAGAGGGAAAAAACACAAACGAUGAAUAUUACUACGAUUACUUAAAAAAGCAAAAGGAGUCCAAAAAACUGCGCUCCAAUAAUGUGUACCUAGAAAUGCUGCGUAAGUUGGACAUAAACGAUAUUUCGUACAUUUACAAAGGAGCGUUAAACAUACUGAUAAGUUACAAGUUGUACUACGAACAUUAUGAGGAGCAGGUUUUGUUUCUUCACAAUUAUUUGUGCCUGCUGUGGCACUUGAUGGAUAACAAUCGGCUGUUUAUUAAGCACAUGAAAGACCACAAUAGCAGCUUGUUCCUCUUUUACAUUUUGUACAUACUGAUCUGCUUUAAUCACCAUCGGAAGCGAGAGAUGCAGACUCUGGCCGAUCUACGCAAACGUGAAAAGGAGGUCGGUAGCACCGUUAGCACUACCGCGGACACCACCACUCACAUAGCCAGCCCUGCCAACCAGGCCUACACAAACAGCUACGACGAGCAACCGCGGGUCUACCACAACGGCAGCUUCAACCAGUCUGGCAAGUGCGACGAGUUCAACGUGCGCAAAAUAGACGGACUGAUUUACAUUUGCCUUUUCAUAAUCCUGAAGGUGUCAUCCAACGCGACCAUUUGCAAAAACCUCAAUCAAAAGUACGACCAGAAAAUUAAGGUGAAGUUCCCGCUAAGAAACGUCUACCAGUUUGACUCUUACGUGGACUUCCUAGUGUAUGCCUUAUGCAUGCUGAUCCAUGACAACAUUUUUUUUCUAAAAUUCGAGCCAAUUAUCGAUAUGUCCAUUACCAUCUUGACGAAUGUCAGCGUUUACAUCAAGUCCAUGAACACCUAUUCUUGCGAGAGCAUAAUUAAUAUUUUAAAAAAAGUUUUAAAAAAGGAAUGGCUCCUCUCAUCCCAACAUCAUUAUUAUUCCCUUUUCCUUAUGCUGGAUUUUAUAAACAACAUCCUAUCGCACAACUUAAAUGAUAACUACAAUUUGAUUUACAUGAUCAUAAAGAAUAAGGACGUCUUUUUCUCCAUUCACAACUUGCACGAGAUGUUAAAGGAUAACUGCCUCUCUGUUUCCACCCCACCCGCUGAUCACUGGGUACCCACCGAAAGUUGGCUAGUCAACUGGAAGAACAAGCUGCCCCUGCAGUUCAUCGACAGCAUAAUCUAUGACUUGGCGAAUCUGAUCGAAGAAGAGUGUGACGAGAGGGAAAUACUGAACUACAACGACGUUGUGAAUUUAAUUAAAAACCACUGCGCGACCAUAAAAAAUAACAAAAUUCCUUUCAUCAUAAGGAAAUACGAAAAGAACAUUCUUCUCUCCAAGUGGGUCACCAGCUAUAUGUACUUUCUCUUGUUCUCCCACAUGUACAAAGAAAAUAUGUUCAUAAAUGGGGGAAUUAAGUUUAUAUUUUAG